AAUCAGGAUUUUUUUUAGGUACUAUAAUAUUAAUUUCUGUCAAUAUUUUUUGACUAAUAAAUGAUAACAUGUGCUAGUUUGAUAACAUCUGUUAACCCUGAGGGCUAGUCUGUGUAACUACUAAUUAGAAAGAAUAUUACGAUUUAUGGGGAACUCAGAAUUUUUGCCACCGACUCACUGAGGACCAUCAUUAAGGAAUAAAAUUAAGCUGCACGCUUUUAUCAAUAAUCGAGAUGUGAUAAUUGAGUGCUGGAGAUUCUCAUUGUAUCAAUUUCCAAAACCUUAAUUAAUCAAAUCUCUUAGAUUUCAAUUCAUGCUCUGCAAUUUUAAUUGUCAUUAACACGGAUGGAUUCUUGCUUGCAUGUGAGAGAGAAUCACAGUCACAUUUGAUUUGAGAGCUUAUAAAGUAUUGUGUUUAGAGGUGGUUUCUGGUUUGUACUUUGUAGAGAUUGACAAAAAAAUCGAUAAUUAUGGACAUCCUUUUGAAUUUGAUUUGAUUGGGAGGAGUAAAACCCGAAUACAGUAAAAAAAUUUAGGUUGUAUCGGUAAAAUUCAAACCCGAAUAUGACAGAUAAUGAGUGGAUAUGGUUUUCUCACCAUUUAAUUCGACCCCGGAUUAUACAUGCAUAUACAAUAUUUUGUAUAAAUCAUUAUUUUUAAUUUAACCAAUUCCGUACUUCUUGCAUAUUUCUAGCAUCUCAUGAACUAGGAUUCCUUUUUCUGUUAUUUCUCUUAGUAUAAUCAUAAUUUUUAAUUUAACAAAUUCCAUACUUCUUGUAUAUUUCUAGCAUCUCAUGAACUAGGAUUCCUUUUUCUGUUAUUUCUCUUAGUAUCAGUGAUUUGUCAUUUAUAAAUUUUCACUUCUAUAAUAUUAGUAUACUUGUUUCUAGUAACACAAUAGUCAAAAAGAUAAAGAAAAAUUACUAUCCAUGGAUACCAGGAAUCCGACCAGGAUGGACCUAAUUUUAAUUUACUAUCCAUGGAUUGGAUACGUAUAGGUAUGGGUAUGGGUAUGGAAAAAAAACUAAACUAGUUAGGGUAGGAUAAUAGAUAGUCACUGUCUAUCCUUUAUCCGACCCGUUGCCAUCCAUAGUGGUUUGCUUGUAGGAUUUGGUUGAUGGAUUUGCCACCCAAAUUGCCAGUAAGAUAAUCUCCCGGGGCAUUGCUAGACAACAAAAAUACAUAGCAUAUAAUAAUAAAAAAUAAUAUUUGUAUGCAACCAGAAUACUGAUGAAAGAGCAUACUUUGCCAUAAGAUGGACAACUUAGUGAAAGCACCGAGUAACAAAAAGACACGAAACUUACUCAGAUAGUGAGAAAGAGAAAGCACUUCCCCAUGAAUACCCCGUCUGAGAGUGAUAAACCAUUAUGAUUGCUUUCAAAUGUGUUGUGAUAUAUCAGUCGGGGCAAGCACUAUCAAAUGCAAGGUGUUUAGCAUAGUUUAAAUUUCGGGGACGAAAUUUUUACAAGGGUGGAGGAAAUGUUACACCCUGAUCUUGCCAAAAGUCAAAAUGACUAUCAUACCAUCGGGAAAAUUUGUCAAAUUUCAUCGUAAUAUCGAUGAGGACUAAAAAUGCGAACUCUCGGUUCAACGACAUAAAUCGAGUAAGCUACGGGCGAUAGUUGAGUGUCGGGUUAAACUCACCCGUGAUUUACGAAAUGCCAAAAAUACCCCUCUGAGCUAAUUAAAAGUUAAGCCAAACCUAAUCUGAUUCCCCACUCGGCUUCAUGAGAGCCGAAGUGGCCGCCCAAACUCUUCCUCCCCAUCCCCACGUAACCGUUCGCUCAGAUUCUCUCUUCCACUACGACACCUGUGUGCUUAAGAAAGUAGGAGGGCAGGUCGAGAGGGAAUCAGGAUGGGGGCCGAUUGUGGUGGACGGUCAUCUCGUGCCUCGCCGGACUCAUCACGGAGCCUCGAUUAAUCUCUCGACACACUUCUCUACUAUGACAGCUGCCUGCUUAAGCAAGCGGGACAAGGACAAGGAGGCGAUUGAGUAGCGGGUCAGGGAGGUCGAGAUGGGCGACCAUUAUUGCGUUCACACCUGUUUAGGAGGGGCGGAACACGGAGUCGAUUGAGCGAGCGGAUAGUGGGAGAGGAUCAAUUUGAUCGAGCAGUGCCAAAUCCAAAACGUGUCCCCUCUCUAUAUAUUCCACCAAGAAAUCACAAUUGUUACCGGCAACCACACCUGGGAAGUAGCGGCGGCCAGUACAGGGAACCAGAAAAUGAAGGCGAAUGGUUUCGGGUAGGUUACCUACACUACCCGCAUUUAGUUAGUUCGUAGAGGAAUAACAAGUGAAAUGGUUAAGUGAAUAUGUACAUAUGUGGGAGGAGCUUUAACAUGGCUUGGGCAAUUUGUUGUGGUUGAUUUUUGACGAUUGAGACGAAUGGAGUUGAUGGGGGAGCAACGUCGAUUAAAUGCUAAGUUGUUCCAUGACACCUUUUGGAAUACCUAGUUCAUGAAGCCGAUGGAUUUUAACUAUAUAGUCAGGUGAAUGUAAAUGGGGUAAAUUCUACGCAUUACGUAUUCUUUCAAGUAUUAGAGUUUUCAGUAUUUUUGUGAAUUGUUGCUAUGGUUGUUUAUGCUCAUGAUUGAUGAUAUGUGCUUGUUUGAGUCGUGGUUUAUAGUGAAUGUGUGAUGUUUGCUUUAAAGCUUUACGUUUAUGAGUGAUUGUUAAAGUUAAGAACAAGUCCUUUUGUUUUAAGAAGUACUUCACCUUCAAGAAGGUGAAGUCGUUUUAAGUGUUUUUAGUCGCUAGCGCCAGUCCGUUGCCAUUUGAGAGUUUCAGAUAGAGCAGCAGUUAUUCUCUUGAGAUCUUUGAGACAUAGCAGCAGUUAUGCUCUUGAAAUUUUUAAGAUGAGCAGUAGUUAUGCUCUUGAGAAUAGUGGAAGAAGAGCCUUCGACGAUAAGUUUAAGUUUAAGGAAAGCCUUGAUGACUUCUCAUACGUAUGAGUUGGCAACCAGACUAGCUAGUGAGGGAUCCCCAUGUCAGUCAAGUAUUUAAGUCGAGUUUUGCGCUUUAAGAAUGGAGAGUAACAGUAACUCCCAUACAGUUUUAAGAGUUAGGAGUAUUAAGAGUGGAAGUACGAACAACUCUCACUAGUUUAAGUUAUGUAUCUGAAGUAAAAUACUCAAGUACUAGAUUUUUAAAACGUAAGGGCGUAGAAUGACCCAUCUCACUCACCAGUUUGAAGAGCUAGAGGAGCAGUUAGUGAGCAGCGAGUUCGAGGGCAGCCAGCUAGAGGAGAGCAGUAUAAGCGUAGCGGAGGAUGCUUAGUCAAGGUUUUCAGUAGCAACAACAUUAGAGAUUAUUAGUUAUUUACAUUAUGGUUAUGAGUGUAGACUGAAGAUCAUUUUGAGAUUUUAAGUAUUGAGUUUGCCCAUGUGUUAGGGCGUUGCUUUGAACUACAAGUGUGUGUUUUCAGUAUUUUAUUUAGUAAAAUUUCUCCCGCUGCAAUUUAAUAUUUGAGUAUUUUAUUUAUCAAGGAAGUUUUAGUAAAAGUAGUACCCGUCU